AUGGUCUUUUUACUAUUCCUGCUUACCUCCUUCUUCCAGGCUUCCACUGCACUUCCUAGUCUACAACCAGAAUUCCUCGUCGUCCUUGACACAGGUGUAGGUCACCGCAGUACACGCAUUCCUCGAUGGCCUACCUCACUCCGGAGUCUGACUACGCGCGGUACCAACGCAACUAUUCUUACGCGAUUCGGCGUCGACUCGAAUGCGAACCAGGCUAGUGAGCCUAUUGGUGCAUAUGCACUCACAUACUCAUCGUUGACUUCGUCUCUCUUUUCCGCGACAGGCCAGGGCGUGAUUCGCACAAGCGUAGCCGGCGGCGAUGUGGAAACUAUCCUGAACGACGAAGAAGAUCGCUAUGGGCAAACUAUCAGCAUGACGGUUGCAGAAAAAGAGCGGAAGAUCUAUUACGGCAACUCCUAUACUGGAUUAAUCAGGAAAGCAAAUUUUGACGGAUCAAACAACUCUUUGGUACGAAAUGUGUCCCGAGGUCUAGACUACUCUAUUCCUUCCUACGCUACAGCGAUUUCCUACGCAGGAGGAAUAGCAGUAGACGAAGAAAGAGGCUGGUUGUAUUGGAGCUCCGUUCGCGGGGAUGAUGACGGAAGCAUACGGCGUGUACCUCUACAUGGACUUGGGGGAGAGCAAGUCUUAGCCAACGGGAUUAAUACACCAGGCCAACUCCGUAUCGUAAAUGACUCAUUGUUUUGGGCUCAAGGCGGUCGACAGAGUAAUUCCCCAACGGCCAUCAAAUACCUCGAUCGUCAUCUGUCCCAGCUCCCUACGUCUAGUUCUCUGAACACUCCGAUUCCGACAGGCACUCUCAUUUCAUCAAGCCAAUCGCCCCUGUUCUUUGAGAAUGAUUCUACUGGCGAGAAACAGACUCUUGGUAUCACCAGCUUUGCCGUUUAUCGCAACGAAGGGGAGCAGAAAGUCUGGUUUGUGGUGAAUAGUGCUGGUAGAACAGUGUUUGGGAAGCUUGUUGAGGUCGUGUGGCGAGGAAGUGGAGACGGAAGGGGGCCAGUAUUUGAAGUGCUAAACGAAGACACUGAGAGUGUAGGGGUUCCCGUUGGAUUGGAGUAUGUGUGA